AUGUCGCUCUGUCAAAACCGUCUCUCAGAGGAGAGAAAGCAGUGGCGCAAAGACCAUCCCUUCGGCUUCGUCGCAAAACCCGCAAAGAACCCUCAGGGUGGCCUCGAUCUCCAGAAAUGGGAGUGCUCCAUCCCUGGCAAGGAGAAGACCAUGUGGGAGGGCGGCCUCUUCAAGCUUGAGGUCCAGUUCCCUGACGAGUACCCAACCAAACCCCCAAAGUGCAAGUUCAUCCCUCCUCUCUUCCACCCCAACGUCUACCCUUCCGGGACCGUCUGCUUGUCCAUCCUCAACGAAGAGGAAGGCUGGAAGCCCGCCAUCACCAUCAAGGAGAUCCUCCUUGGCAUCCAGUCUCUGCUCAAUGAGCCCAACCCGGAGUCGCCUGCCCAAGCCGAGGCCUACAACCUGUUCCGCAAGGACCGUGCUGCCUACGACAAGAAGAUCAAGCAAGUCGUCAGAGAUAACCCGGCUCCUUGA